GUCUGACCCGACCCGACAUCAACGUGGCCUGCUUUUAAACCGUAAAACCGAAUCACUUUUCUUCCUUUGUUGCCUCCCUUAAAACCUCUGGAAAACCCCUCACCUGGUUGCCGGCUCCGUUUACUAAAAAUUCAAAGUAUCUUACGUUUGCUUACUGUCCAACACAAUGGAUGAGUUGCCAACACAAAGCACAUCUGCCUUGGCCUUGCCUCGCUUACAGCUAAACCGGGGAUCAACAACGGCAACAUCUGGUCCAGAAUCAAAGCCAAAGAAGAAAAUUUGCUGUGCUUGCCCCGAGACAAAGAAGCUGAGAGAUGAAUGCAUUGUGGAGCAUGGUGAAGAAGCUUGUGCAAAAUGGAUAGAGGCUCAUCGUAUAUGCCUUCGUGCAGAGGGCUUCAAUGUUUGAAAUUGGUAUUCGAAGUUCAUAGAAUGAAAACAAUUUGAGGUACAAACUAUUAUUAGAGGAUUAAACAGAUAUGAUUUGACAAAAAAGAAUCCAGAAAUAAAAAGAAAGCUUUAUCCUAAAUUGUUCAUUUUUUUUUUUUGUAUUUUUCUUUUUUAUGAGGUUAUUUACCUCUAAUAAAUGAAUUGAAACAUCUGGAAUACUUCUAUGAAUCAUGAUAGGAUAGAGCGAAAUUCUGUAUGCCUUGGUUCCUUGAGUAAACAUUUCCCCUUCUGUACUUCUCUAUUA